AUUCAUAAAAACAUUAAAGGACUAACAUAUAUGCAAUUUGGAGAAUAAUUAACAUAGCAAAAAUACUACAAACAAAUCUCAAGUUAAAUUAAAAUAUUGUAACUUUCUCUAAAUAUGCAUAAAUGCAUCAGGAGAUGUCAUAAACAAAGGCAUCAGAAAUGGAAACUGUACAUUACGUGUGUUAUUGUAUGUAUCCUUUUCUUAGUAGAAACAAUGAGGGUCAAGAAAUCUUUAAACUACUCUAUUGUGAUAGAAACAGAGAAAAUUGAUGAGGAUGGCGAAAGUGCAAUCAAUAAUAACAUAGCUGGGAUUACCAUGCAUGAAAUACAUAGACAUCCUCAUUGGGACAGAUCGAUAGAUUUACAAAAUCAACAAGGAACCAAUCUCAUCUCUCCCACAAAGGUGAAAUAUGAGUUUGCAAACAUUACAUAUAAAAGCCAGAGAGACAAAAUUGGACAGAGGGAUAAAUGGAUUAGUUUUCCUGCAGAAAACGAAGAUAUCCCGGGCAUAGAUGAAGCAAAUCUCCGUACCAAUAAGACACCCUCAUCAAGAGUCAACUCCUCCAGUAAGCACUUUAUUAUACUGACUGCCCCUAGGACAGGAUCCAACCUCUUGAGCAUGUUACUCAAUCAACACAGCCAUGUGACCUCAUACCAUGAGAUACUCAAUCAAGACAUAUUUCCAGACGUCUUCAAGGGGGAGAACAUAACUUACAUUGCUGACUGCAUGCGAGCCAAUCAGACUUUCUUAUUAGAUUACAUCACAACUAUGCUGUAUCCUGAUUGGUCAGGUGAUCAGGUUAUGACAGGUUUUAAGUUGUUUACAUUCCAUUUAAAGGUAUAUAAUGUGUCAUUGGAGGCUAUCAUUGAUGUGCUAGAGUCCCCAAACAUUGUCAUUUUACAUAGAGAGGACCUCCUGCAGCAAUUCAUAAGUUUGAAAAUAGCUGAGGCGACAGGAGAAUGGUCUACAGAAUUUGACAGCAGGUUCAACCACAGCAUAAACCUCUCAAUACCAGAGUUUCAGAACUACUGUCUACAAAGCAGAGCCUUGUGGACAGAGGCCCUAGAUUCUCUAAAGGACUACCCUCAUAAAAUAUCUGUAACUUAUGAAUCCCUGGUGGAAGACAUGGACAAGGUUCUCAACUCAAUUUUUGAGUUUUCCGGUUAUCCAAGGACACGUCGUAAAUUUUUCUCAUUCAUGAAGAAGCAGAACCCUGUUGAUAUAACAAAGAAGAUAGCAAACUAUAAAGAAAUAGAACUACCUCUCUAUAAUAUGAUAACAAGAAAAAUGCAUGUGUUACAAUUCUAAUUUUUAGGUUAUUUGACAUCAUGCAUAAUCUGUAUAUUAUUAAGAGCCAUCUGCAGGCAUCAUUGUUACCAACGACAAACAUAUGCGAUUUCUCAUCAGUAUUUCGUUAGGGAAUCCACAAUGUAAAACAUGCAAUUUUCAGAUGCAGCAGAACUGCAGAAGAGAUAUUAAGUGUCCUAAGUAAUGAGAUAACAACGAGCGCUUUGACAGAUAAAUGGACAAGUGAAUGUCAGUAUAAUGAGAAAGCUACCCAUACGAUACCUAUGAUAAAGCAAGUUAUAGCAAAUCAAAUCAAAUGGCAAAUGUUACCAAUGUCAAGCUCAGAAAUGUUCUGAGCUGUCAAAUUGAAAAUAUGCCCUGAAUCUACAGAUCUACAUGUAAUAGUAUAAUAGCCACAUUAACCUCUGAAUAGAGUAUACACAUUUGUGAUGUAUUGCUAACUGAGCCAACUAUAGCAAUCCCAAAUGCAGAUUUCAUAGACUUAAUGGGAGUUCAGAUGUGAAAUGAAUAUCAUUUAACAGGUGGUGGCAAUGUUGUGUCAUAUUGGUUAUACAGUACAUUCUAAUUCGAUAAAGGCUAGAUCAAAGAAUUGACUUUAAUUUCAAGAGGGUUCAUGAAGUAAGCUUCUGUAAAAGGGUAUUGGGGAGACAAUUUGAUUUUAAGAAUCCACAACCAAAUUCAUCAGUUUACAUUCCUCUUGACUGUUUAUCACAGACCAGCAUUUAGACAAGGCAUUAACAUGCAAAAUGUCACAACCUGCCAUUUGUAAAAGAUAAACACCAAACACCAACCACCGAACAUCAUCCA